UCUGAUGAAUUUUACAGACUUAUCAGAUGAAGAGUGCUUGAGAGACUGACGGUCAUCAUUCCCUAUGAUGGAGAAGACAGAGGCCAAAGACCAGACCUCUCAGGGGGAUGAAGAGAAAGACCCUCCCAAGAGCCACCCCUACUCCGUGGAGACCCCAUAUGGCUUUCACUUAGACCUGGACUUCCUCAAGUAUGUGGAUGACAUCGAGAAGGGCCACACCAUCAAAAGGAUUCCCAUCCACAGAAGGGCCAAGCAGGCCAAGUUUAGCACCUUGCCCCGAAACUUCAGCCUUCCCGACAGCGGGGCGCGCCCCCACACUGCUCUUACUCUUCCCCACCAGAACUGGUCCCCAGUGGUGCCGAGGAAGGGGUCGCUCGGGACAGAGGGGCGAGCCCAGUCCCUGCCGCCCGGGGGUCACCCCCGAGCUCCCGCCAGCGGGAGUGAGGUGAGCUUCCGCAGGAAGGCCCUGUUGGCCGAGACUGCCAGACAGCUGGAGCCCGCGGCUCCGGGGGAGGCUGAGCUCGCCCCCGGGAGUGGACGGCCCCAGCUUCUGAGAGCGUCCAGCAUGCCAGCCACGCUGCCGCAAAACAGGGCCUCGGAGGACCCAAGCCUAAACUCAGGUGCCCCCAUGCCUCCCGCACUUCCUCCGCUUCAGGGCGAGGGCAGUGUCUGUGACGGCUCCUUUGGCCCUGCAGAAGGAUUUGCAGGUUUUCAGAGCUCCACCCCACGAGCAGCGGCUCAGCCCAAGGUCAGAGAGGUUAGAGACCUGGUGCCGGGGGUCCCAGAGCAGGUCCGGGAGGGGACUGAGUCUCCAGGGGGUGAAGAAGAGGCUCCAAGUCACCUCUCUCCCCCAAGUCCUCCCUUCUCAUCCCAGAAUGCACAUUUACUUCUGGAGGAUGCCGAAGACGAACACGAAGCCAGAGAAGCAGAGAUGGAGGUCACCCCUGGCUCCCCAACACCAAGCCCCCCACCUCUGCCAUCACCCACCCCUGAGAAUGAGCUCCCCCUGGAGGAAAUCGAGCUCAACAUCAGCGAGAUCCCCCCGCCGCCACCUGUAGAGGUGGAUGUGAGGAGCGUCGGCGUCCGGGUCACAGAGGAAAGCCUGGGUCUCGCCACCCUGGACCCCGGCAGUGUCUCCGGCCUGCAGCAGCAGCUCUCGGACCUUGAGGGUGAGUUGUCUGCAAGAACUGAGGAGCUGGCCCGCGUCAGAGCUGCCCUCCAGCAGCGGGAGGAGGAGGUCAAGGCCCGGGGGCACAGGAUUCAGGAGCUGGAGCACACCGUGGCUCAACUGGCAGCAAAGCUUAGCCAGGAGGACACCAAAGACACGCGGGGCCAGACUGACGCCACGGUCAACACUGACCCUCUCCACAGACUCCUGGCCAGGGAGUUGUGUGACAAGAGCAUUGGGGUCAACCUUGUGGGCAGCACGGGAUCCGAAGGCGGGGGGGCCAGAGGAGAGGAGAAUGGCCUUCUGUGGGGACAGGACAAUCACAAAUGCAGGGAUCUGAGCCCAGCAGGAUUGGUGCCACCGCCCCAGCUGUCACUGCUGCAGGGACCCGAGAUGGUCCUCAACCCCUCUUUACAUAGCUGCCUCUCCACUGAGCUCCGGAUUGAAGAAGCAGGCUCUGAGCAGCGGGGAGAGCCUCAGGGGGGAGCCCGGGGUCUGGGUAGGGGAGCAGGAGGCUCUUCAUGGAGCUGCGACAGAAAGGCGCCCCCAGCAGGGAGGGAGGAGGCAGGUUCAGAGCUCCCAGGGAGGGAGCGCCCGGGAAGACCGCCCGGCUCACCUGCAGAUGCCACUCUUGGGCAAUACGUGAAGAAGAUCCAGGAGCUGCUGCAGGAGCAGUGGAGCUGCCUGGCGCACGGGUACCCGGAGCUGGCCAGCGCCCUCAAGCAGCCCGCCUCCAAGCUCAGCAGCAUCCAGACCCAGCUCCUGAGCUCCCUGAGCCUGCUGCUGUCUGCCUGCUCCGCUCAGGCUCCAGCCCAGAAGGAGCCCCCGGCCCCCGCCGCCUCCCCACCCAGGGAGAUCUCCCCGUCGACCAGCCUUAAAUCCAUAAUGAAAAAGAAAGACUAUGGCUUCCGUGCAGGAGGUAAUGGGACCAAAAAGAACCUUCAGUUUGUUGGGGUUAACGGUGGCUACGAGACCACCUCGAGCGAGGAGACCAGUGAUGAGGACAGCUCCCCAGAGGACCUGUCUGACAGCGAGGCUGAGAAGAAAUGUGAGGGCCUGGAAUACAGGCGGGGCAAGGAUGCCCACCCCAGCAGCAAAGCGGGGCAGGGUGUCCCUGAGGGCACUGGCAGCGCAGGCCAGGAGAGUGGGCCUGGGGAAGAGCUCCCCCGCCCCAAGGCUGAGAGAUAUAAACCCUCAGAAGAGUUCCUUAAUGCAUGCCGGGCGUUGAGCCAACAUCUGCCAGAAACUGCGACCACCACCGACCAACUCUUGAGGCAGAGCCUGAACACCAUCAGGCAAGAGUGGUUCCGCAUCUCCAGCCGGAAGUCGUCUAGCCCUGCUGUGGUGGCCGCCUACCUCCACGGGGUCCAGCCUCACUCCCAACACGUCCUCAAGCUGCUUGUCAACCUGGCUGAUGGCAACGGGAACACAGCCCUUCACUACAGCGUGUCCCACUCCAACUUCCCUGUCGUGAAGCUGCUGCUGGAGACAGGUGUCUGCAGUGUGGACCAUCAGAACAAAGCUGGCUAUACCGCCGUGAUGAUCACUCCCCUGGCUUCUGCAGAGAGCCAUGAAGACAUGGCUGUCGUCCGGAAGCUCUUAAGAGAAGGAAAUGUGAACAUCCAAGCCACUCAGGGAGGCCAGACCGCGCUGAUGCUGGGAGUCAGCCACGACAGGGAGGACAUGGUCCAGGCACUGCUCAGCUGCCAGGCAGACGUCAACCUGCAGGACCACGAGGGGUCAUCGGCCCUCAUGCUGGCCUGUCGCCAUGGCAACGCUGACAUGGUGCGUCUGCUCCUGGCACACCCGGCCUGCGACAGCAGCCUGACUGACAAGGCUGGCCGAACAGCUUUGUCCAUCGUCCUGACAUCACCCGCCCACGUGGAAAUUGCAGGGCUUCUUCGUGCCCACGCGGAGCAGGGCAGGUCCCUGGGGCCGUAGGGGCUGCGGAAGAGCUGGCAGGGGGAACAAAGGGCUCCCUCUCUGGAUCCUCCCUCGCCCUUGGAGAGGGCAUGGGUCAGAGCCCGAGGGCCGCCCCUCAAGAGAAGGAACUAUGUCAAAUAUGCACAUACAUUCCUGCCGUAUAAUUCUGCUCAUUAAGAUGCUUUGUAGUUUUGCCUUAGGCCAAGCCCCUAAACUCCGCGGCUGCAGAGCAGGGUGCAAGGCGCAGGGUGCGCUGAUGUCUCAGCGUCCCAAACAUCCCAGCCUUCAGUUCCUCGUGCCUCCACCCUGUGUAGCACCGUGUAGCAGGCAGGCAGGAGCACAUUAGCACAGCAAUACUUUUUACAUGAAAUUUUUAAGUGCAUCAUCCUUUUGUUUUUUA